AUGGGAGCUGGAAGUUUCCUGAAGGUGGUUCUGAAAAAUUUUGAUGUUCUUGCUGGGCCUGUGCUUAGUCUGGCGUAUCCUCUAUAUGCCUCGGUUAGGGCAAUUGAGAGCAAGUCUCCUGUUGAUGACCAGCAAUGGCUAACUUAUUGGGUUCUAUAUUCCUUGAUCACCCUCUUUGAACUUACUUUUGCCAAAGCUCUUGAAUGGAUUCCCAUUUGGCCAUAUGCAAAGCUAAUCCUUACCAGCUGGUUGGUUAUUCCCUACUUCAGUGGUGCAGCCUAUGUUUAUGAGCACUAUGUUAGACCUUUCUUUGUCAAUUCUCAAAACGUUAACAUCUGGUAUGUUCCAAGCAAAAAGGAUUCUUUGGGGAAGCCAGAGGACAUGCUAACUGCAGCUGAGAAGUACAUUGAAGAGCAUGGAACUGAAGCAUUUGAGAAUCUGCUUAGCAAGGCUGGUAAAUCUAGGAAAAGUAGCAAGCAUGCAAAUGGAAGCCAUUGA